CACUGUUCGACAGCCUCUUUUGUGCGGUCAACGGCAUCAUGACUUUCACUCCCACCAAGAAUGAUGGCGUCUGGGGCCAGAAAUGGCGCUCCUCGCCCUUGUUUAUCGUGGGUGCCAUGGCCAUCGCUCUGUUCACGGAUACUUUCCUCUAUACUUUCCUCGUGCCGAUCCUUCCCUACGUGCUUGAGAAUCGACUCGGGCUGGACGUCGCCUUGACUCAGCGGAUGAGUUUCGCCCUGUUAUCGGAAAGCGCAGUGGCCUCGCUGGUGACCAGUCCCUUUAUCGGCCACUAUGCGGAUGGCUUAUCGUCCAAGAGAGCGUUGUUGGUUGGUUCAUUGAUAGCCGCUCUGAUCGGGUCUAUUAUCCUAGCGAUGGCGACUUCGACAUUCACCCUCUUUGCUGGUCGUCUCGUUCAGGCGAUCGCUAGCUCAUUUAUCUGGGUCGUAGGAUACGCCACCAUCGCGGACAACGUACGGCCAGAGCAUCUGGGUAAGACGUACGGUGUCAUCUCCCUGAUCGUCGCCGCAGGUACCUCUGGGGGCCCAAUGAUCGCGGGGAUACUCUUCGAGCUCGGUGGUUACUGGGCCGCAUGGUCAAGCGCUUUCGCGAUCCUGAUCGCAGACAUUGUCCUGCGGUUUCUCAUGCUAGAGAAGUCAAAAGCUAAAGAUGAAAGUACGCAGCCUUCGCACAACAGUGCCGCCGCGGAUCCUGAGAACGCCCCGCUUCUGGGAAACGACGGUGUAAAAGUACCCAACCUCGGGGGCUGGAGGUUCUAUGUUUUCGUUCUGCAACACCGCCGAUUCUUGGCCGGGGUUGUCAGCUAUUUCUCCUUUGCUAUUCUAAUCUCGAGCUUUGACACCACCCUUCCGCUGCAUGUCCGCGACGUGUUUAGCUGGGGAAGUCUCCCCGCGGGGAUGAUGUUCUUCGCCCUACAGGGGCCCGGGAUCAUUCUUAGCCCCUUCUGUGGAUGGCUGAAAGACCGGGUUGGUACGAGGUGGCCGACCACGGCGGGCUUUCUCCUCCUUGCCCCGAUUAUGUGGGUGAUUGGUAUGCCGGGCGACGACCGUUUCCCUUGGUUCAACGAAGGCGACAGAGGACAAGUCAUCUUUACGAUUUGCGUCACCCUGGUAGGAUCCGUUUCAUGUCUGAUGAACGGAGCAGCGACUAUUGAAGCGACAGUCACUAUCGAUGAGUUGGAAGCCGAGACCCCCGGAAUCUUCGGUCCCAAUGGGGGAUACUCGCGGGCCCUCUCCAUGGCUAGUAUGAGCUGGACGCUCGGAGCGUUUGUUGGGCCUGUGCUCUCGGGUUACCUGGCGGAGCACGUCGGGUACUAUGAGAUGAGCACGGUGGUUGCCGUUGUGUGUGCCGUCUCCGGUGUCAAUGCGUUCUGGAACCUCGAUUCUAGAGUGCAUUUCGACCGUGUGAGGGAGUCCCAAUAGAUUUCGCCGCGUAUGAUUGCUUGAAGUUCGCAUGGCGGGGAGCGGUUUGCAUGUGACGCCAAGGACGACAGUUAUGAGACAUGCCAUAAAAAAAGUGUCUUGAUUGCAGGACGUAUCUUCUGUUUGAUAGCGGUAAAUUCUGGUUUGCAUUUGACUCUGCGGUGGCUUUUGAGGCGUCGAAUCUGAACUAGCAGAAGAUUAUUUAGAUUGC